AUGGCCCUAAGGAUGCUCUGGGCUGGACAGGCUAAGGGGAUCCUGGGAGGCUGGGGGAUCAUCUGCUUGGUGAUAUCUCUGCUCCUUCAGCACCCAGGAGUCCACAGCAAAUGCUACUUUCAAGCUCAAGCCCCCUGCCACUAUGAAGGGAAAUAUUUUACCCUGGGUGAGUCUUGGCUCCGCAAGGAUUGUUUCCACUGCACCUGUCUGCAUCCUGUCGGUGUGGGCUGCUGUGACACGUCCCAGCAUCCCAUCGACUUCCCUGCUGAGUGUGAGGUACGACAAGAGGCAGGAACCUGCCAAUUUUCCCUGGUACAAAAAUCUGACCCUCGGCUGCCCUGCAAAGGAGGAGGGCCUGACCCAGAGUGGGGCUCAGCUAACACCCCUGUUCCUGGGGCUCCUGCUCCCCACUCCAGCUAAACUCAAUUGAUCACCCUUCUGCUGACUGCCCACUGCUGCUGCCACUUCCAGGGAAACCACUAGCAGCUGCCAAUUUAUUCUGAAUAAAUAAAUUAAUGCUACAGCUGA